AUGGAAAGCAGUAGUAAAUAAAUCUAAGACAUCUUAUCUAAAAUAUCAUUAGAAAUUAUUAAUGAAAAUGAUUUUUUAGGUUAAAAUGUGUAAACUCCAAUAUAUAUAGCCUAAGAUAAGUUUGCUGGUAAAAAAUAUGAAGUGUUAAUAGUUUAAGAUAGCUGUGAUAGCUAAAAUGUUUACAAUCAAUUUUUCAGUAAAGUGUUUUAACAGCAACUAAUUAAUAGGCAUAUAGAGUUAGUACCAAAAAUUGUUAAACAUAUUCAAGAAAAUAAUAUUUUGGUUUGCUAAUUUGAGUAUCCUGGUAUCCCAUUGCAAUAAUUUGCUUAAGAAAACCCUUUAUUUUUUGAGAGAGUUAUAUAAAUUAUUCAACAAUUUACGUUCUCAUUUUGCGAACUUUUGAAAUUAGGAUUUUACUUUUCCUUUUAUGACUUUAGCAAUAUUAGAGUUAGAAAUGACCAUAGUAUUUAUUUAUCUCCUUUUAAUCUUUAAAACUAAAACGAUGCAUCAUUAGAGCUUAAAAAGGAAAUCUACUAAAAUUUUAUAUAAGGAAUUAUUGAUAUUUUAGAAAGAUAAAAUAUUGAUACUGUGGACACUAAUAUUUUGCAAUUAGAUAUUAUUUGCUAUUUAAAACAAAUAAAUUUACAAAUAUAAUCUACAUAAUAUGACUUUUAAUCAACUCUGCAAUCAAUUUAAAAUGGUUUAAAUAUUUAUGUUGCUAAGAAAUCUAAAGACAUAAUGAGAGAAAUAGAACUUUUGAGAACAAAAGGCGAGUUUAAUAGAAUGGCUUUAUUGCAAUAAAUCUUAAUAUAAAUAGAUCCAUGUGAUUUUUUUAUGUAAUAUGAAAUGGGAAUUACUUAUAAAAAGCUCAACAAAAUAGACCUUGCUUUGAGACAUCUCAAAAAAUCAGUAGAGUUAAAUUCUUCUUUUGACUAAGCAUAUGUUGAAAUAGGUACAAUUCAUCUAUAUGAGUUUAUGGAUAUAGAUUAAGCAUAAUAAUACUUUUAAUUAGCUAUUGAAAACAACUCGUUAAAUGCUGAUGCCUAUUUUAAUUUAGGUUAUUGCUAUUUAAAUAAGGGACAAAGUGAUCAAUCAAUACCACUUUAUAAAAAGUGUUUAGAAAUAAAUGAUAAGCAUGCACAGGCUUUGCUUGACCUUGGCUGGUAAAGCUAUUUACUUGGAAAUAUAGAAUAAGCCUUAGAUUAUUAUGCUAAGUCUUUUGAUGCUGACAAAACAAUAGACUCAACUCUCUUAAAUACUAUAAACUGUUUAUACAUUCUUAAAAGAUAAUAAGAGACAAAGUAUUUUAUAGAACUAAUAUCCUCACUAGAUGGACUUCUUAAGUAUACUUAGAGAUUAAUAGUUUUAGAUCCUCUUAAUAGUUUUUUAUAUCAUGAUCUAGGCAUCAUUUAUUUGCUAACUGGUGAAAAUAAUAAGGCAAAAAUCUCAUUUAAAAAAUGUUUAGAAGUAAAACCUGAUUACCUCUAUAAAGAUUUUUUGAAGGAAAUGAUAGAAAAUAUUUAGAAUUCCUUUUGA